AUGCAAAUACGUCUACAGUUUUUCGAUGAGGAGGAAGAAAUCCUCCUCCUCGACAAGGACAGUCCUUUGCGUAAUCUUGUCCCACUAAGGACCCUUCAAGAGAUUAGAGCUGCCAUCGAAACGAUUGAUGUUUUCACAGUUCCUAUCCCUUCCAGGUCUGCCAAUGUGAUUCUAUCCUCUCUCAGAGCUAUAGUUCCAACCUCUCUUCAACACCUUCGCCGUUUGGUCAAACCAUGUUAUAUUCCAGACCCAUUGGUAGAUUUCCUCGCUGUGCCUCCUACGCCACCGGAGGAAAACAUUUUAUACCUCCUUGUUUGUCCAGUUGCCGAUAUUUCUGAAGAUAAUCUUAGCAACUUUCUUCGGGAGCUUCCAGCAUUCUCAACUACCGGCACAAUUCCCCGCAUUAUGACUAUAGCCGUUCCAUCUUCUCAGCCCAUAUCAGCCGCUCAAGCAACCGAAUGGUCAGCCAAGUAUUGGCCCGCUGUUUACAAGCGUGGAAACCCCUAUGGGCCACAUCCUUCCCUUGUCUCCCAAACCCUCAGAGGGCUUGUCGAUCCGGAGAACCACAUACUGCUUGCCAAGCGAACAGCGGCAAAGGCAGCAUUCUCUGGGGAGGGUCUAGGUUUCGGCGCUGUUAUCGUCGAUCCCCAGACAGGACAAGUUUUAGCGGCUGCUGGUGAUGCCAGACUCCGCUGCAAUGAGAAGGGAUGGAGUAACCCUCUCGACCAUGCAGCCAUGAGAGCCAUUGAUAUGGUGGCCCAGAGGAGGUUGGGCAGAGCCCAGAAUGUUAGGCCAGACAACAAAGUUGAAGUCUGGGAUGGGAUAUAUCUCGAAGAUGAAGAAGCUUCCGGCAAGAUCGUUACGAAGGUUAAUGGAAAUUCCAACAUUAAAAAAGAAGAUACGGAUGGAGAUGCCAACGGAGAGAACGGAAAAGAGGCCGACGAUAGGAGGGACGACGGUUAUUUGUGUCAUAAUCUUCAGGUGUACCUCUCCCACGAGCCAUGCGUAAUGUGCGGAAUGGCACUCCUUCAUAGCCGUGUUGGGUCUGUGGUAUUCGGAACAAGGAUGACCAGAACUGGAGCACUCAAUGCAGAGGCUGGAGGGAAACAAAUGGGUCUUUUCUGGAGGCCCGAGCUCAACUGGAAGUUUAUAUGCUGGCAGUGGAGGGCGGGGCCGGGAGAAGAAAUGGAAUCCCAUGAAAAUGUGGAUGCAUAA